GUCAGCUUGCCUUACUGCAAGAAAUGGAACAACUUAACCCCUCCACCUCUAAUGCCACCUUCUGGGGUCUGGCUCCUGGCAUGGCCUUGUCUCUGUACUGCCUGCUUGGUAUUCCUGGUAACAUUGCAGUUAUAGUCGUCCUCCGUCAGAACCAAGAUCUAUCCAGUUUGAGCAGGAGACUGAUGUUGAACUUGGCUGCAUCGGACCUACUCUGCAUCCUUACCCUACCUUUGCGUAUCUACAACCUAGUCUUCAGCUGGAGCCUGGGUCUAGUGCUCUGUCAGCUCAACAUGUACUUUUUCUACUGCAGUAUCUGUACCGGUCUGCUGACUGUCACACUUCUGAGCAUCCAGCGCUACCUCCAGGUGGUGCAUUCUCACAGCUGGGCCAGACCGGGAGUGGCAAAGGAGAGGGUGCUACUGGUUGUCCUGUGGGGGGUAGCUGGGGUCCUGUCCAUUCCUUAUGGGGUGACGGUGCGGGAUGUGGAUGAGAAUGGAUGGGUCCGGUGCCAGUAUGAUUUUGCAUCAGAUGCUGAGCUGGUGGCUGUGUUGCUCCUGCAGACUCUCCUGUCGUUUGUAGUUCCUUUCUUCAUCAUGGCCACAGCCUAUAUGCGCCUCCAGCGAAGGGUGAACCAAACAGCUUUCUUCAGGAGCCACAGGACGACCAGUUUAGUGAGCCUUAUCGUUGGGACCUUCAUCGUUCUAUGGACUCCUCACCAUGUCAUGAAUGUGCUGGGAGUGACGGCCAUCUUGGCAAAGAAUAAGGCUCUGAGAGUGUUCUGGAAGGACAAUUGGAGGAUUGCUGGAUCUCUGGUCUUCAUCAACAGCAGCUUGGAUCCAUUCCUCUAUGCCUUUGCCUCCAGAAACACCCAGAGAGCACAGAGCAGCGACGGUCAGGUAGUGACCACGAGUAGUCACAAUCUGUAA